AUGGAACUCACCUUCAAGGCCUUGAUACUUUGGUCCGAAGAAUUGGCCAAGGGGACCCAGGGUAUCACUAUUGACGACCCACCGGUCAAGAUCUAUCCAGACGACUUCAUAUGGAUUGACAUCAUCCUCAAGGACGUCGGUGGCAAGCGAUCCUUAGGUCAAACCCCUAGCGGCGACAUCUCUCCUGUCUCCAACACCACUCCGGUUGGCAAUACAGCUCCUAUGUCAGCCAUCAAACGAGCCAAGGUUCAUGAGGAACUCAAGUUCCGGAUUGGUAGCUAUGAGGAGAUGCAAGGACAUUCGAUCAACAUAGAUUAUAAAUUGGUCCGACGGCUUUCCUACGACUUGCCCAUUGAAAAGUACUUCAAGUAUUGCGACCUUGACGAAGCCGGUAUUGAGAAGGAUGUGAACAUUUUAGCCACCCAUGGAAUCAUAUCAUUUCGCCGAUUUUUAUUCCCUGAAGUCUUAGAUGCGAAGACAAUCGCAUCUUGGGGGAUCAAAUGGGACACUGCCAUUGAACUGAUGACCCGAAGCCGGGAAUACUACACAUACUUAGUCGCCAUUGAAGAAGAACGUAUCGAAAGACGAAGAAUCUACGAUGACGAUAUGGAAUUUCUUCGCCAAAGCGAACUCCGAGUCCCACCUCUCAACAAAGGGAAAGGCAAAGCUCAAGGAUGA